GUAGGUACAAAGUACAGGUAAACUCGAUGGCAUGAUGAGAAGUAAGGUUAUAUUUUUAAAAAAUUGCACGUGAAUGCAAGAAUUGCAAAACCAACAAUUUAUUUAUUUUCACUAUGGAUGUUGAAAUUCGUUUUAUAGAUUCUAGCAAAGGUAAAGGACUUUUUGCUAAGAAGUCUUUCAAUACGGACUAUGUAUUAUUCGAAGAAGAACCUCUUGUUUCAUGUCAGUUCUCAUGGAAUGCUGAAUGUAAAUAUAGGGCAUGUGACCACUGUUUGAGGCCGCUUGAAAGUGCUGAAGAAAAUGCCAGGAGGCUGACAGGGAAUUUUAAUUUGGUGCUACCUUACCCAGAAUGUUGCACAACAAAAAAAGAUAAAAUAGUUUCUUGUGAUAAAUGUGGUCUGGAAUAUUGUUCUGCCGAUUGUCUAAUCAGUGCAAAUUCUCAAUAUCAUCAAACUUUAUGCUUAGGAACACGUGAAAGAAGUGGUGCUCAUCCCUUAGAGCUCCUUAAUGAAGCAUGGAAAAAUAUUCAUUAUCCUCCUGAAACUAAUUCGGUGAUGUUAAUAGUAAGGCUCUUAGCCAGGAUUAUACAAUCAGAAAAUCCUGACGUGGCUAUUUCACAAACCUUACAAUUUUGUCAUCGAACUGUCAACGAAGAUAAUGAGUUAGCUCACAAAUUAUUAGGUGAAAAAUUCUCUGAUCAAAUUGAUAAUCUCCUCACACUGAUAAAGCAAGCUUUACCACAUCAAGUUAUUCAACAGUUUUUAACAGAAGAAGGAUUCAAGAGUUUGCUUGCGCUUAUUGGAACAAAUGGUCAAGGAACAGGAACUAGUGCUUUAAGUCAGUGGGUAUCAGAGACAUCGAAAUUAAAUUUAACUGAUUUGGAAAGAAAAGACCUCGAGGAUUUAGUUGACAAACUGUAUCAGGAUAUAGAAGAGCAUACAGGAUGUUUCAUGAACAAUGAGGGCGUAGCCCUGUAUAUGUUACAGAGUGCUGCUAACCACAGUUGUUCUCCAAACGCUGAGGUUUCAUUUUCCAAUAAUAAUAACAAACUAGCACUUGUAUCUUUGAAGGAAAUAAAGGAGGGCGAAGAAAUAUUUAUAAGUUAUUUGGACGAGUGUGAUUUGCACAGGUCAAGAAGGUCCAGACAGAAAGUUUUGAUGGAAAAUUAUUUGUUUAUUUGUAAUUGCGAGAAAUGUUUGAGACAGUGCGAUGAGCCUGAUGUUAGCAGUGAUGAAGAAGAUGACGACAUGGAUGAGUGAACGCAAAAUAGUUGACAAACGUUGAAUAAAAAUUUUCACCAG